GCUAAACCACACGCUACAAUUACCUCUCUUCCCUCUCCCACCCGCCACAAAAAAAAAAAUGGACGAAGAAGCGCCACCGCCAAAAUCUCCGCCCCUGUCUCCACCACAGCAGGCGGCGUUCCACCAAGACGACGCCACCGACGACGAUGAGAAUGUGAAGCAGCUCGAGGAAUGCUCUGCUCUCUACUUAUCCUUGCAAGAUUGUCUUGUUAACAGAAACAGGAAUUGGAAGUCUUGUCAAAUGGAGGUUCAAGCUUUGAAGGCGUGCAAUGAGAGGAGGAAGAAUAGCAAAGGGAAGUGAAAUUUUUUGCUGUAAGAGUGAGGAAAAUUACUUCACAAGUUCACAAAUUCAGAGCAAAGUUUUGUUUUUUGAUGUUGAUUGGGCUGAGAUAUGUAAUGCAACAUCUAUUAAUGGACUCCAUGUUUCUUUGAUCUUGACAAGUACUUUGCAGAAGAUAUCUUAUGAGAAUUUUUCCUA